AAGUUCAAGAAAGCAAAACAAAAAUCGAUGCCACCGAGAGAGAGUCGUUGAUUGCAAUUAACAGCGGGCAGCUCGUAUAGUUGGAGUUGGUAUUUACGUUGCCCAACACUCAGCUACCACCAUGCUUUUUCUCCAUUCCAAUUCUCCAGCUUGAAUUCAAAUUACAUUGCAUUUACAUGCAUUAAGAAGUAUUGCAACGAGCAGAUCCAGCUAUCACAAUGGCUUCUUCUGUGGCAUUUUUUCCUUCAAUGGGCUUCUCCACCAUUCGUCCCUGCAACACCCACAAAAGAAUCUCUACAAAACAAUUCUCGCUUGGAGUAAGAAUGGAAGCUGUGGACACAUCUAAUUAUGCUCACAAGGACUCUUCUGUUUCCACAUUAAAGCCCUCAGAGUUGUUGGAGUCCAAGGCUAGCCCUCCUUACCCCGGAGGGAUGGGUCCGUAUACCGGGCGCGAUCCAACAGUGAAGAAGCCAGAGUGGCUGAGACAAAAAGCCCCUCAAGGACCAAGGUACGAAGAACUAAAGAGCUCCUUGUCUUCAUUGAAGCUCAACACCGUUUGUGAGGAGGCACAGUGCCCUAAUAUUGGAGAGUGCUGGAAUGGAGGAGGAGGAGCAGGGGGGGAGGGAGAUGGCAUUGGUACUGCGACCAUAAUGCUUCUUGGAGAUACAUGCACACGAGGUUGCCGAUUUUGUGCAGUGAAAACUAGUAGAAACCCUUCUCCACCAGAUCCAAUGGAACCUGAGAAUACUGCGAAAGAAAUAGCUAGCUGGGGGGUUGGGUAUGUUGUUUUGACAAGUGUAGAUCGAGAUGACAUCCCAGAUGGUGGCAGCAGCCAUUUUGCUCGUACUGUGAGCACUCUGAAGGAACUUAAGCCAGAGAUUCUUAUUGAGUGUUUAACAUCUGAUUUCAGAGGUGAUCUAGAUGCAGUUGCAAUGGUUGUUAAGUCUGGGCUAGAUGUAUUUGCCCACAAUGUUGAAACAGUAAAACGGCUUCAACGGAUAGUAAGAGAUCUAAGGGCAGGAUAUGAUCAAAGUUUGGUUGUAUUGAAGCAUGCCAAGGCUUCAAAACAAGGAAUGGUUACCAAGUCUUCAAUAAUGCUAGGUCUUGGAGAGUCAGAUAAUGAGAUAAAAGAAACUAUGCAUGACUUGCGUGCUGUUGGAGUUGACAUCCUUACUUUGGGACAGUACUUGCAGCCAACGCCUUUGCAUUUGACAGUGAAAGAGUACGUUACUCCUGAAAAGUUUGCCUUCUGGAAAGAAUAUGGCGAGUCCAUUGGAUUUAGAUAUGUUGCAAGUGGACCUUUGGUUAGAUCAUCGUACAGAGCUGGAGAAUUUUUUAUAGAAAGUAUGCUCAGAGUGCAGAAGGCUGCUGAAUCUACUUCUUUGUAGAUACAUCGAUUCAUGUUUUGGUAACUAAUGUUAUAAAACAAAUGAUGCGGCCUAGGAGGUUGGAAAGUGUAAUAUAAUGCAGCUUAUCUCUAUAAUUCAUAGAGUGAUUCCUAAUAUGACCUUAAUUAUCACUACAUUAUUGCAAGUUGCAAUACAGAACUGUAUUACCCAUUUUUCAUAAUAUUAUUCAGUUAAUGUAAACAUGAUUUUAUUGGAGAUGAUUUAUCACAGGAGCUUGCAACAUGCCGAGUGCAGAUAUGCUUGUUUACAACAACAAUUCAUAUUUGGUAAGAACUGAGCAAAUCGCAUGAGGGUGUCUUGCAUUUGCCAUGUAGGGUCAGAUGGUCCCAUGUAAUUCCCAUAUACCCAUCUCGGAUGCUAAGAAGCUCUGAUGAUGAAAAAUGCUUUGUUUUGUCAUGCCUCAAAAUAGACUUUUAAUCCAAAAAACCUUUAAAGUAA